AUGGAUACUACUGCUGUCGUCCAGCCUCAGCCUCCUCAGCCUCACGCUCCCAAUCUCUCGCGCCGUCGUGGUUCGGUGUCUGCUGGUGACCCCUAUGGCCUUCACGAGUCCAAAAAUCUCCCCAGCAGAGACAGACGCAUGACGAGCAGACUCACUAUCGUGCGCGUUGGCGGCGCUGAAGCUGUCGAAAACAGCUCACGGCUUUAUCACUCGGAUGAUCUCCCCCCAAAACCGAAAUCGCAUCUGUUCGAUGGUAAUUCGCAUACGACGACGUCUGCGAACAAUCGUGCAGCCCCUAGACCUGGACGACUCUCCUUUGUAUCGACGUUUGCGCGGGGCGCGCCGUCAGGGGGUCCCGCCCUCCCGAGCAUACCUGCCAGCACCCGUCGUCGCAGCACCACCGUGUCGACCUAUUCCCCUCGAGCUUCGCUCACUCCCGCACAAGUAUAUGACCUCGCGCGCUCCUCUGUCAAAUCUGCCAGCCAUUCACCCCUUGGUCCCUCAUCCCCUACGAGACAAACUGAACUCGAUGCAGUUCAAAGAGCACGCAUUUCAGGAGGAAGUCCGGCGAACUUCACACUUAUUCCGGAAAAACAGUUUCUCCCGUUCAUCGAUCGCCCCUCAGAGGUCUUCGAGCUUCUUGACUCGUCUCCGACGAAUCGCCUUAUGGCCCUCCUCGAGCAUGCAUUCCCAGCCUUGACUACGAGUAAGACUCAUGCGGAACAGUCAGACGAGUCCCUCGGGAAUCAGAUAGACUUUUCGAAUCCCGAGACGUGGCCCUAUACUACGCUGGUCGCAUGGAUGUGUAGAGUCACCCGCGCAGAUAUCGAUGACGAGGAGUGGAUCCGCCGCGUCCGCGCGUGCGUCAUGACGCACAACGAACAGAUCUGCAUGAGCCUCCUCGCCGCUCUCGGUGCGCCCGCAGAUUUCUCGUUCGACUCUCCCGAGAGCGACGUCCCCUCCUUCCACGGCCACUUCCCCCGCGACUUUGACCGCAGCUUUGACCGCAGCUACCAUUAUCGAGACCUUGAGAGGGACAGCGAGGGUGCAUCAGAAUCGCCUUCUUCUCCGUGCUCCCCGCCGAUACUCCUAAUCCAUCCUUCGCCUGAUAGUUUGACGCUCACGGCAGGGCCUCAGGAGCGGCAGAAGCAUGCAUCCUCUGGACGACACGGAUUGGAGGAGUAUGAUGCCCAUUUCCCGCUCGACAUCGUUCCCGUGCCUCUCUUCGACGAAGAGAAGCACCAGCUCCAUCUCCAUCAUCUCCAGGCGGGGAAACCGCUGGACACCGGCAAUGGCGCCGCUGGCAGUAGCGGCACCUUUGGCAGGCGCUCGCGCUCUGGGAGUGCAUCUAGCUGGGGGUCGUCGCGAUCGAGUUCGCGUCUAUCGAGUGCGAUGGAGAGCAUUGGGGAAAGUGAAGGUGAGGGGGAAGGUGCAAGCGAGGAGGAUUUGACGCCGUCUACUGAGGUGAUUCUUGGCGCCCUCUCGGUGGGUCAGGAUACAUCAGGUGUGGAGACCGCGCGCUCGAGGACACCUAUCGACACUAGCGGGGCUUCAAAGGGAAGACAUGGAACGGACGAGUCCGAGCACGAAAAGGACGACUUCGGUCGCGCACACAUUCCAGGUUCGAACGGCGCGCCUGCAACAUCCGUUCCUCCGAGUGAACCCGACGCGACAUCCUCCUCGAAUUUCAAAGGCCUCCGCAUCUCUACCGACUCGCAGCCUUCCGCCCCCUCUCCGACACACGACCCUUCGCCCCGGCCCAUGAGCCCCCUUCCACCUAUCACCGUAUCUUCCAAUGCCGCCUCCGCUGGUGGUGCUUCGGGGCUUGACGAUGCUCCGCGUCCCGGCAGGCGCCGCAACACCGUAAACGUCGCACACGUCCUGUCGGAAGCGCCAGGCCAUGCGGGAUUCAAGUGGAGCGCGGGGGGUCCACGGUUCCCCGCGUCGUUCGCGACCGUGUCUGCACCUGCGCGCCGGCGCCAGUUUCCGAGCGCGAGGGACGAGAUCGGGGAUGCACUGGAUGUUGUUGGAAGGAAGUUGGCAGACAGUGCGCAGGCGGAGUCUGAGCAAAGCUUGUUCGACCCUUCUCCUUCGAUUAGUGCUUCUUCAACCCGUGCUCUCAGGUCUUCGACUGUUUCUCAAGCUCCUCACACUAAUGUAUCGCAGCGCAAUGUGUUUUCGUCUCAAAAGUAA